AUGCCAAACACAUCUCUUCGGCGCCCGACAAAGGGCUAUAAGCGAGGGGGCAAAGCUGCAUAUCAUGGCGUCAAAACCCGGACAUUCGCUGCGUCCUCGAGGGCCGAAGGCACCUCUGCCGACGAGAAGUGGGAGCGCACCCGCCUGGCCCAGAGCAUCGACGACAGAAUGGGCUUUGCCCGGUACGAGAGCGGCAAGAAGAAGGAAGGGUGGCUGGUCAACGUUCAGCCCACCUCUGUCGAAGACGAGAGGAUACCGGGCGGCCGAGCGGCGCUGGACUGCUACUUCAUCGAGCUCGACGGAAGCACCUUCAAAGCUACGGUUGAAUAUGACCCCUACUUCAUCAUUGCGGUGAAAAAGGGCCGCGAGUCUGAAGUCGAAGAGUGGGUGAAGAGGGUACCCGGCGGAGGCGUUGUGAAAGCAAUCAGGAGGAUAGAGAAGGAAGAUCUCAGCAUGCCGAAUCACCUGAUGGGCUACCGACGCACAUUCAUUGAGCUCAGAUUUGCCAAUGUCAACGACCUGAUGGCCGCGAGAAGAGACAUCUUGCCGAUUGCGGAGAAGAACAAGAAGAACAUGAAUGCCAUGGACGCCUAUGCCGAGGUUGCCACGAACAAUGGCAACUUUGAUCUUUUCGAUAACGAUUUACGAGAUGACGAGCGAAACACGAGUACUUCCAUUUCUGAAGCGAGCGACUUCAUCGUCGACAUUCGCGAAUACGAUGUUCCAUACCACGUUAGAGUAAUGAUAGACCUAGACAUAAGAGUGGGCAAGUGGUAUUUUGUCGAAGCAAAGCAUGGCGUUACGAAAGUCACAGUAAACGAGGGCCGAUCUUUGCCAGCCGACCCGGUGGUCAUGGCGUACGAUAUCGAGACAUCAAAGCUGCCCUUGAAGUUCCCCGAUGCCGCAACCGAUCAGAUUAUGAUGAUCUCAUACAUGAUUGACGGCCAAGGAUUCCUAAUCACCAACCGAGAAAUCAUUUCCGAAGACAUUGGCGACUUUGACUAUACACCAAAGCCCGAGUACCCCGGCCCCUUUAUGAUCUUCAACGAGCCAGACGAAAAGUCUGUCAUUGAGAGAUUCUUUCUCCACAUCAAGGAGGCUCGCCCGACUGUCAUUGCGACGUACAACGGUGACUUCUUCGAUUGGCCCUUUGUCGAGGCGAGGGCGAGCGUCAACGGCAUCGACAUGUACCAUGAGAUUGGCUGGAAAAAGGACAGCGAAGACCAGUACAAGUGCAGCUACAGUGUUCACAUGGACUGCUUUCAUUGGGUCAACCGAGACUCCUAUCUGCCGCAAGGAUCUCGAGGCUUGAAGGCCGUCACAGUCGCCAAGCUGGGAUACGACCCCGAUGAACUCGACCCGGAAUUGAUGACUCCAUAUGCAUCAGAAAGACCACAAACGCUCGCAGAAUACUCAGUCUCCGAUGCCGUGGCAACCUACUACCUGUACAUGAAAUAUGUGCACCCCUUCAUCUUCUCACUCUGUACGAUUCUGCCUCUAGGAGCAGAUGACGUCCUCAGAAAGGGUACGGGUACGCUCUGUGAAAUGCUUCUGAUGGUGCAGGCGUACCAGCAGGAGAUUGUGCUGCCGAAUAAGCACAUCACCCCGAAAGAAGCAUUCUGGGACGGCCAUCUCCUCGAUUCCGAGACAUAUGUCGGCGGCCACGUCGAGAGUAUCGAAGCCGGCGUUUUUCGGUCUGACAUCCCCGUCAACUUUGCGGUUGACCCCGGCGCAGUGGACGAGCUUUUGCGAGAUCUGGACAAUGCGCUCAAGUUUGUCAUUACAGUGGAAGAGAAGAAGUCUCUCGACGACGUCACCAACUAUGAUGAAGUCAAGCAGCAGAUCAUGAGCAAGCUUUUGAAUCUCAAAGAGACGCCCAAUCGCAACGAGAGACCACUCAUUUACCAUUUGGAUGUCGCCUCCAUGUAUCCGAAUAUCAUGACGACAAACAGAUUGCAGCCGGACUCGAUGAUUUCAGAAUCAGAUUGCGCUGCCUGUGAUUUCAACCGUCCAGGCAAGACUUGUGAUCGACGAUUGCCUUGGGCUUGGAGAGGAGAGUACAUACCGGCGAAGAGAGACGAGUACAACAUGAUCAGGCAUGCUCUGGAGAACGAAAAGUUCCCUGGCAAAACACCAAAGGCACCCCCUAGGACAUUUCAGCAGCUGAGUGCUGAUGAACAGGCGAGCCUGGUAAGGAAACGUCUCCAGCUCUACUCCCAGAAGGUAUAUCACAAGAUCCACGACUCUACUACAAUCAUCCGGGAGGCAAUCAUUUGUCAGCGAGAAAACCCUUUCUACAUCAACACUGUCCGCGACUUCCGUGAUCGUCGAUACGACUACAAGGGUAAGGCAAAGGUCUGGAAAGGCAAGACGGAUGCGCUGAAGGCAUCUGGUGCCCCCAGCAGUGAGAUUGAGGAUGCGAAGAAGAUGAGUAUUGUGUACGACUCUCUGCAGCUUGCGCACAAGGUCAUCUUGAAUUCUUUUUACGGAUACGUCAUGAGGAAAGGCUCUCGCUGGUAUUCCAUGGAGAUGGCGGGUGUUACCUGCUUAACGGGAGCCACGAUCAUUCAGCUUGCUCGUCAGCUUGUCGAACGCCUCGGCCGUCCUCUUGAGCUGGACACCGACGGAAUUUGGUGUAUGCUUCCGGCGACCUUCCCGGAGAACUUUGCCUUUAAGCUCAAGAACGGGAAGAAGAUGAACAUUUCCUACCCCUGCGUCAUGCUCAACCAUCUCGUGCAUGACAAAUUUACCAACCACCAGUAUCAGACAUUGGUCGACCCCAAAACCUUCAGAUACGAAACUCACAGCGACAACUCCAUCUUCUUUGAAGUCGAUGGGCCGUACAAGGCCAUGAUCUUGCCCACGUCAAAAGAAGAAGACAAGAACUUGAAGAAGAGAUAUGCCGUGUUCAACGACGAUGGCAGUCUGGCAGAGCUGAAGGGCUUUGAAGUGAAGCGUCGUGGUGAGCUCAAGCUAAUCAAGAUCUUCCAGCAACAGAUCUUCAAGUUCUUCCUCGAAGGAGAAGACUUGACGCAAUGCUACACUGCUGUGGCAAAAGUUGCAAACCAGUGGCUCGAUGUACUGCACAACAAGGGAUCUACGCUUGCAGACGAAGAGCUGAUGGAGCUAAUUUCCGAAAAUCGAAGCAUGUCCAAGACCCUCGAGGAGUACGGCAGUCAAAAGUCGACCAGUAUCACAACAGCACGUCGUCUUGCCGACUUCUUGGGCGAGCAGAUGGUCAAGGACAAGGGAUUGAACUGCAAGUUCAUCAUUUGCUCUCGACCUCGAAAUGCACCCGUCACGGAGCGUGCCGUUCCUGUCGCCAUCUUCUCUGCAGAAGAGACUGUGAAGCGCGCCUAUCUCAAGAAGUGGCUCAAGGAGGAGCCUGCAGAUACGGACCCCCGGGCUUUGCUGGACUGGGAUUACUACCUGGAGCGUCUUGGCUCCGUCAUUCAGAAACUCAUCACCAUCCCUGCCGCCCUGCAGAAAGUGCGCAAUCCCGUACCUCGAGUGCCUCAUCCCGACUGGCUCCAGCGAAGAAUCAACAUCAAGGAUGACAAGAUGAAGCAGAAGAAACUCACGGAUCUCUUUAGCAGCAAAGAGCCGCUGGCAGAUAUUACGAAUAUUAACGGGCCCCGCGCGGAGGACAUGGAGGACUUUGGCUCCAAGCUGCUGAAACCCAAGCAGCUCGGGGCACUCAUCGCGUCUUCGCAGGUACAGGCCCCCUCCUCCCAGAAACGCAAGUCUCCCGAGCCGGCAGAGGAGCCAAACCCCAUUGCCACUUUGCCAGACGCCAUGCCCGAUCCAUCGGACGACUAUGUUGGAUUUCUGCAGUAUCAGAAGAAGAAGUGGAAGCUGCAGAAACAGGCACGUAUUCGCAGAAGGCAGCUGUUUGGUGAAAGGAGAGGCAACGUCAGCAGCAACAUCCAGCAGACGUUCAUGAAGCAAGCUCACUUGACGUUUAUGAAUACGUGGCAGCUGCUUCAUCUCAAAGCCACUGAUACUCCCGGCAUCGUGACGGCGCACGUCUUGAUUGACGCAAAGAUCCACACGCUGAAAAUCAACGUCCCCCGCCAGGUCUUCCUCAAUCUCAAGAAAGAAGAGCUGCCAGACGUUGAAAUUGCGGGGUGCGAGGUCGAACAAGUCAACUAUACUCUCCCCAACGGCCACGAGUCUAAGCAUCUCUUCAAGCUCACCGUCCCCGAAGACGUGUACUUUAACGAAGCAGAAAAGUUUUCGCUCUUGUUCAACCAUCCUAGUGUAGAGGGUGUGUAUGAGAAGCAAGUGCCCCUGAACAUCCGUGCAGUGCUACGGCUGGGUAACCUCUGUACCAUUGACGAGGAACAAGAGGCAGUGCUUGGCAAAGGUCUCGAGCAAGGCUUCGACCUGAUGGGUCUGAAACGCCCUGCAAAACCGAAGGCUUAUUUGGAGUCGUCUCCCUUGGCUUACAUCUACAUCUCGCACAUUACUGCAGGAGAUCGUCAAAUCUUUGGUCUGUUCUCGACGACAAACGACCAAGCUUACGUCGUGAUACUGCAGAAAGGACGGGAUUCGGGAUCAGAUCUGCCAAACAUAACCAAGUUGUACUCGGAACUGCUGGCAAAGAGAGCAGAGGAGGCCGCGGGAACGAACUGGCAGGACUGCUUCAAGUAUCAGGAGAAAAUCACCUUCAAAGUCACACAGGUGACGAUACGGCGCAAGGCUCAUUUAGAGGUUGCCGAUGUGGUCCGAAAGCUCCGCAAAGACGAGUCACGGCCGCAAAUGAUGGUUAUCCAGUCGUCUCAGCGAAACCUUCUUGUCCACGACAUUCCGAUUCUGGGCGAGUUCCCGGUGUUGCCGCUGAGAUACGAUGCCUCUGACAGCUCAUUACCGCCUCUUGGCUGGCAGGCGGUUGUUGCACGGCGCUUGGUCGGGCAUUAUCUGGGGCUGGGAUCCUGGAUCUUGCACCUCACGGCCCUGGCGCGCUACGGCGAUGUGCCCCUGUGCAACUUGGAGCGUGACGAUCCCCGGUUCCUCAUCGACAUUGCAUACGCCAGACGGCUACAGGCAAACGGGGUCGUGCUGUGGUGGUCUCCUGAUCCCCGGCCUGACCAUGCUGGCUAUGAGAAGGACGAUAUCACCGGGUCUCUUGACACUGUCAAGAUGCCUAGCAUCAAUAACCCCGGGACGUUUUCGUCUGUCUGCAUUGACCUAGAUGUUCGCAACCUCGCCAUCAACACGAUACUGACCUCAUCCCUAAUCAACGAGCUCGAAGGGGCUGAAUCCAUUUCGUUCAACCCUACUGCCGACGGAUCGGAGAUUCUGGCCUCAGAGAACGGAUUCGCCAAUGCCGGAGUGCUGGUCCUUCGCGAGAUGGUCAAAGCAUGGUGGGCAGAAGCUUGCAAGGGCAGUACAAUGGCCGAUGUGCUCGUUCAGCAUCUCGUCCGCUGGGUCGAAAACCCGGAUUCGUUCAUGUACGACCGAGCACUGCACUACUAUGUGCAGAUGAUGUCGCGGAAGGCGUUCCAGCAGCUCAUGGCGGACUUUAGGCGUGUCGGCUCGCAGGUCAUCUUUGCGAGUGCAAACCGAUUGAUUCUGCAGACGACCAAGGCAGAGGUCGGCAACGCCUUUGCUUACAGCCAGUACAUUAUCAAGUCCAUCAAGAGCAAGUCGCUAUUCCACUUCAUCGACCUGGAAAUCAAGGAGUACUGGGAUUAUCUGGUGUGGUACGACGAGUUCAACUACGGUGGAAAAGCCUGCCAGCAGGUUGCCGACUCCGACGAGCAGAAUCUGGAGACGAUUAUGCACUGGCAAAUGGCCACGUUCUUGCCUCUUCGGCUGCAGCCCAUCUUCCAGGAUUGGGUGAUUGAGUUCAUCCAGCUCAUGCAUAAGCUCAAACGCCCAGAGAACAAUGAUCCCGACUCAACUCCGCGCCUCACUCAGCUACCGAACAGGAAUCAAGAUCUCGACGGCGACACGCAAAUCAUCCUGGGCAAGGCCUUUGAAAAGCCGUUCAAAAAGGUCAUUGUCGGCCUGAUCAACCAGCAGAAGCGCGAGCUCCUGCAUCCGGAGCUGGCGGAAGACUAUAGCUUCCCCUCGUUGCCCGGUUCGCACCUCCAGCUGCGCAAUCCGAUCCUCGAGCUCGUCAAGUCCAUCAUGCAGGUCCUCUCCCUGGACAAGAACAUUACGCUCGAAGCAAGACUGCUGCGCAAAGAACUGCUCGCGCUGUUUGAGAUACGCGAGUUCUCCAAGGAGGGCACCUUUACGAAUCCUUCGGAGAGUUUGAAGCUGCUGCAGGUCUCCUGCGACAGCUGCACCAUGGCGCGAGACCUCGACUUCUGCCGCGACGAGGACCUGAUUGGCGCUCCCGGCGACAACAACAACAACGGCGGCGGCGGCGGCGGCGGCCAGAGCUGGCAGUGCGGCUUCUGCGGCAGCGAGUUCGACAGGGUGGGCCUCGAGGAGCGGCUGCUGGCCAUGGUGGAGGGCUGGGCGACGGAAUGGGCCGUGCAGGACCUCAAGUGCGAGCGGUGCGGCGCGCUGAGGGUCAACGACUUCAUGGAGCACUGCACCUGCAGCGGGGGGUGGAAGGAGGUGUUGUCGAGGGAGGAGGUGGUGCGGAAGCUGGGUGUGAUGAGGAGGGUGGCGAGGUAUUAUGGGCUGAAGAUGCUUGGGAAUGUGGUCGAGGGGCUUUACGAGGGGUUGUGA